UGUCAUUCAGGUUUUGUAUCGAACAAGCCUUGGUGCCGACUCAUAUCAGAGUAUCCGGAAGUUUUAGAUUAGUAGUAUUUGUUUUUCUUUAACUAUUUUUCUGUUGAAUAUUGGUUUAUAGAUUUGAUAUCUAAUAGAAUGUAUAUUCUGCAGAACCCAAUAGUAGAGGCUAAUAAGACUUUUUUGGCGGUUGGUGCAAACAAAGACACUCCUGUUGCUGCGAUGACGUGCUUUAUAAGGCUUGUAAAUCAUCAAGGCAAGUGGGUGGCUUUGCUUGAUAGAAAAGGAAGUGGCUAUGGUCAAGUCAAUGGAAAGACCAUCAGCAAAUAUUCUUUUUGCUUUCUCAAUUCAGGUGAUGAAGUUGUCUUAAGUCAAGCAGAAAAUAAUGCUUACAUUGUUCAGUUACUAUUGGAGUCACCUUCAGAUGUUGGGACCAGUGCAGGAAAAGGAAAACUGUUGAACAUCGAAAACCAGAUGUUGGAGGAAAGACGGGGGAUUACAGAAUCAAUGCCUGCUUCAACUUCAGAGAUGUCUUCAAAAUCUGCUGCAGUUAUGGAAAAACUUUAUGCUGCAAUCAUUGACCGACAAAAUAUAGAAGUGUCAUUUGAAGAGUCUCCAUAUUACUUAAGGUGGGCAAUUAGGCAAUAAGAUCAAAUAGCAUAAUCCAGUUACCAUUGUAUAGCUGAAGUUCUACUUAGUUUCCUUUAUUUUUUUCUCUUGAGUUCUUUGGUCUU